AUGGCCGACAUGCAAGCUCCUAUCAACGGAAAUUUUGCCGCCCAGCAUGGCUACCCGGAGUCUUUCAACCCGGCCCAUGCGGCUCUGAACACCGCCGCUAACUUCCAGCCCGCUCAAUCUUCUACCCCUACCACCGCCACCCCCACCGAACAGCAGAAGAGCGAGAUCACCAAGGACGAGGUCGGAUGGUUCUUCGUGGAGCAAUUCUACACCACUUUGAGCCGUAACCCGGAAAAGCUUCCUCUCUUCUACUCUCGACGCUCCCAGCUCGUCUUCGGAACCGAGGCUGAUCCCGUCCCUGUUGCUAUCGGAACUAAGGCUAUCAGCGAAAAGUUCAAGCAGCUGGACUUCCAGGACUGCAAGGUCUGUGUUUUGAACGUUGACUCGCAGGCCUCGUUCGAUAACAUUCUGGUCUCUGUCAUCGGCGAGAUUUCCAACAAAUCGGAGCCCUCCCGUAAAUUCGUCCAGACUUUUGUCCUGGCUGAGCAGCCCAAUGGCUACUACGUUCUCAAUGACAUUUUCCGCUACUUAGCGGACGAGGAGGAGUUUGUCGAGGAGACAGUCACUGAGCCCGCAGAGGUUCCUAAGGUUGCCGAGCCUGCACCUGCCGUCGAAGCCCAGGUGACUAGCGAGGCUGACAUUGCCAAGGUCGACGAGAAGCUUGAACAUGACACCAACGGUGUAGUAGAGCAAACUGAAGAGUCCCUUCCCCAGACCAACGGUGCUCCGGCCCAGGAGGAGACUGAGGUUGCCGCCCCUGUCGCCGAGGCCGAAGGUUUGGACACUGAAAAGCCCACUACCCCAGAGCCCACUCCUGUCCCUGAGCAGAAGGAGGCUUCAGUUGAAAAGGAGUCCGCCCCUGCCCCUGCCCUGCCUAAGACUUGGGCCAACAUUGCGUCUUCCAUCAAAGCAGGCGCCGCAGCCACCCCUGUUAUUCCCGUCAUCCCCGCUGCCGCUCCCAAGGCUGCUGCCGCUGCCACCACUACUCAACCUUCUGCCGCUGCUGCUGCCGCUUCCCCCGCCACAGAAACUGCCACUCAAGAUGCUCCUUCCGGUGACAGCUCUGGCUGGCAAACUGCUGGUGCUGACCACAAGAAGACCCAGUCACGCGCCGGUGAAGAACAACCCGUUCUUGGAUACAUUAAGAAUGUCACCGAGAAGGUCGACAGUGCUCAGCUCCGACAGGCCCUCAGCCGUUGCGGUAAGCUGAAGUACUUCGACGUCAGUCGCCAAAAGAACUGUGCCUUUGUUGAGUUUGCCGAUCCUGCUGGCUAUGCCGCUGCUGUUGCUGCCAACCCACACCAGAUCGGCGACGAGCAGAUCUUUGUUGAGGAGCGCCGCCGCAACGGCUUUGGUCCCAAUGGAUUCAACAACGGCCGUGGCAAUGGUCGUGGCCGCGGUGACCGUGCCGGCAGCCAGGGCCGAGGUGGCUUCCAGCGCGAUGGCCGUGGAGGCUUUGCUCCCCGAGGCCGUGGCGGUAAUGUAGCUGCUAAAGGCCGUAGCCAGGCUCAGGCUGCUUAG